CUACCUCCCCCUCCCUCCCUAAACCCUCCGCUGUUUGUUUGGACGCUUACUUCAGAGUGGUAGUUGUAUCUCACAGUCUCAGUACAGCCACAUGUCCACUCUUGCUAUUCCCACCUAACCCUACUCCCACCCCCAUAGCACGGAAGCACGACGAUAAAACGCCCACGCUCUUCCAUCUCUGCCAUAACAAACGCAAAGCUGCUCCAUCAUCUUCCUCUAUUUCUCUUUCAUCUCUUGACCUCUGCAAGAAAACAAUGGGAUCGGAGCAGGAGAAGAAGGCCGCCGCCACGGUGGAAGUGGAAGGCAUCCCGUUCCCGCGGGAAAUCGCCGCCGCCAAGACGCUCUCGCUCGUCGGCCAUGGCGUCACGGACAUUGAGAUCCACUUCCUUCAGAUCAAGUUCAACGCCAUCGGGGUCUACCUCGACGUCGACGGCGCCAUGGAGCAUCUGCAGGGCUGGAAGGGGAAGAGCCAGCUGAUGGAGGACGAGGCUUUCUUCGACGCACUGGUCUCCGCUCCGGUGGAGAAGGUGCUGAGGGUGGUGGUGAUCAAGGAGAUCAAGGGGUCGCAGUACGGCGUGCAGCUCGAGAGCUCCGUCAGGGACCGCCUCGUGGCGGCGGACAAAUACGAGGACGACGAGGAGGAGGCGCUCGAGAAGGUCUCGGACUUCUUCCAGUCCAAGUACUUCAGGCCCGGCUCCGUCGUCACCUUCCACUUCCCGGCCACGGCCACCGCCGCGCCAGAGAUAUCGUUCGUGACAGAAGGCAAGGAGGAGGCCAAGGUGGCGGUGGAGAACGCGGCCGUGGCGGAGAUGAUCCAAAGGUGGUACCUCGGCGGCGAUUCGGCGGUGUCGCAGACCACCGUCAGGAGCAUCGCUGAUAGUUUCGCGGCAAUGCUCUCCUCACCAUGAUUCUUUUUUUACAAGUGCUGCUUACUUGCUUUUGCAAUAAAUCGAUAAGUCAUGAUAAAAAAACACUUGGUGGCGGAAGCCUUACCGGUCCUUUGGCAACUCGAUCCAACGCUGUACAUCAAAUCAUUUCCAAAUUUUUGGAUAAAGGGCACUUUAUUAUAUAAAAGAUUUAAGUAUUA